AAAAAUCUUAUCAGUCACCUGUUUGAGUAAACAGUAGACUCUAUCACACAAAUACUGCAAACAUUCGUAGGUGAAUCCUCAAUUUCUGGAAUGUCAUCAGUUUAUAAGAGAAUUUAGUUAAGAAAAAAAAGAAAAGGAUGGCUCAGAAUUACAAAGCCUUGGAUUCAAUCACCAUCUCUGAUAUUGUAUCUCUGGGUAUAUCCCAAGAAGAAGCAGAACAACUUCAGGAAAAACUCACAGAAAUCAUUCAUACUUGCGGAGCUGCCACUCCUCAAACAUGGCAAAAUAUCUCCAAACAGCUUCUAAACCCGGACCUUCCCUUCUCUUUCCAUCAGAUGAUGUAUCAUGGCUGCUACAAGGAUUUCGGACCCAACCCGCCCGCUUGGUUGCCUGACCCGAACAAUGCAAAGUUAACGAAUGUUGGACAGCUAUUGGAAAGCCGUGGAAAAGAGUUUUUGGGAUCAAAAUAUAGAGACCCUAUUUCCAGCUUUUCUGACUUUCAGGAAUUUUCAGUUUCCAACCCAGAGGUAUACUGGAAAGCUAUAUUUGAUGAAAUGAAUAUAUCUUUCUCUGUUUCUCCUGAACGUAUUUUAGUUGAGAAUUCGUCUUGUCCUGGUGGUCAAUGGCUUCCGGGAGCCUACAUAAAUCCAGCAAAGAAUUGUUUAAAUGUAAAUAAAAAGAGGAAUCUGGAUGAUGUUGUAAUAUUAUGGCGUGAUGAAGGAGAUGAUGAAUUGCCCCUUCAAAAGAUGACUCUCAUGGAGUUGCGCUCAAGAGUGUGGUUAGUUGCAUAUGCACUUGAAAGACUGGAGUUGGAUAAAGGAUCUGCAAUUGCUAUAGAUAUGCCCAUGGAUGCGCAUUCUGUGGUGAUCUAUUUGGCCAUUGUGCUAGCUGGUUAUGUAGUGGUAUCAAUUGCUGAUAGUUUUGCCCCAAGUGAAAUAUCUACGAGGCUCGAGUUAUCAAAUGCCAAAGCAAUUUUCACUCAGGAUCUCAUUCUCCGUGGUGAUAGAAAAAUACCAUUGUACAGUAGAGUUGUUGAUGCUCAAGCUCCUAUGGCAAUUGUAAUUCCUACUAGAGAUUCCAGUUUCAGCAUGAAAUUACGUGCUGGUGACAUUUCUUGGCAGGAUUUUCUAAACAGGGCUGAAGGGUCAAAAGAAGUUGAGUUUGUUGCUGUUGAGCAACCAAUCAAAGCAUUCACAAAUAUUCUGUUCUCUUCUGGAACAACUGGUGAUCCCAAGGCAAUUCCUUGGACUGUUUCUACACCUCUGAAAGCUGCUGCUGAUGGAUGGUGCCACAUGGAUAUCCGCGAAGGAGAUAUUGUUUCCUGGCCGACUAAUCUGGGAUGGAUGAUGGGUCCUUGGCUAGUUUAUGCUUCACUUCUGAAUAGUGCUUCCAUGGCUUUAUAUAAUGGAUCUCCUCUUGGUUCUGGAUUUGCCAAGUUUAUACAGGAUGCUAAAGUGACUAUGCUAGGCGUGAUCCCAAGCAUUGUAAGGACAUGGAAGACCAAAAAUUCUACUGCUAGCUAUGAUUUGUCAUCCAUCCGUUGCUUUGGCUCUACUGGGGAGGCAUCGAGUGUGGAUGAAUACCUAUGGUUGAUGGGAAGAGCUCGUUACAAACCUGUUAUUGAGUAUUGUGGUGGUACAGAGAUUGGUGGUGGAUUUAUUUCUGGUUCCUUGGUACAGCCUCAAUGUUUGGCAGCUUUUAGCACUGCAGCAAUGGGGUGUAGUCUGUUUAUUCUUGGGGAAGAUGGUUAUCCUCUGCCAUCUAACGUUGCGGGCACUGGAGAGUUGGCCCUUGGUCCGACCAUGUUUGGAGCUUCAAGCACUCUUCUGAAUGCAGACCACAAUGAGGUUUACUUCAAGGGAAUGCCAGUUUGGAAUGGAAAGGUGUUAAGAAGGCACGGGGACGUAUUUGAGCGUACCUCUAAAGGAUAUUAUCAUGCUCAUGGUCGUGCUGAUGAUACAAUGAACCUUGGUGGCAUCAAGGUGAGUUCAGUGGAGAUAGAGCGCAUUUGUAAUGCAGUAGAUGGUAAUAUUGUAGAGACAGCAGCUGUUGGGGUGCCUCCUCCUGGCGGCGGCCCUGAGAGACUGGCGAUUGCCAUUGUAUUCAAGGAUCCAGACAGCUCCACAGCCGACAUAAAUACGCUGAUGCAGUCUUUCAAUUCAGCACUGCAGAAGAAACUGAAUCCUUUAUUCAAGGUUUCAAACAUCAUUCCCCUACCUUCCCUUCCAAGAACUGCAACAAACAAGGUUAUGAGAAGGGUUUUGAGGCAGCAGUUCACUCAGGGUGAAAAUUCAAGAUUGUGAUGUACAAAAUAUUUGUGUUCCCAAGAACUUGACCAGAAAACAGAAAGUACAGAAUCUGUGUCUUUAGUAAACAACUUCACCUUUGUCCACAUAGAAUAAACAGUUUACUACAAGGUGCAAUUUGUUCCAAGAAAUGAUUUUGAGUUGUUCAUGAAAAGACCAAUCACUGUUUAC